GAAAAAAAAGGCAACGGAGAAGCGACAGGAAGGAUCAGGGAGAGACGAAGAGAGCCAAGAGUACAAUGGGCGUGAGCCUUGCGCAGGCGGUGGUGGCGCUGAUGGGCACGUGCGCGCGGCGGCUGUCGCGGGCGGCGCGCCGGCUGCACCCGCGGCCGCCGCGGCAGGGCCUCGCGCCGGCGUCCUUGUCAUCGUCGCGCGCCAUCGUGCCGUUCUUCAGUGGCGGCGGAGUCAUCAGGAAGGCGCUCUCGUCGUCGUCGUCCAAGUCGAAGAGGAGGAGGAAGGCGGAGGACGACGAGCUGAGCUUCGAGUGGGAGGACGGGGUGUGGAGGAAGGAGAUCAUGAUGGGGGAGCGGUGCCAGCCGCUGGACUUCUCCGGGGCCAUCUACUACGACGCCGAGGGCCGCCGCCUCGAGCAGCCGCCGACCCCGCGCUCGCCGAUGCGCAGCCCUCUGCCGGCGUCCGUCGUGCUCGCGGCCAACGCCGGAGGGCAGUAGCUGGAAGGAGCCGUCGGUUUGGCCCCCUACAAGUGUACAUGGAUUUCCACAUAUGUGUUUCUCCCUUUCCUUUGGCGUGUGUACCAUGGAAAUUUUUAUGGAAAUUUGGCUUGCUCUUCUCUCCACAAGUUGGCGCGCCUCUGAUACUGUUUUUUUUCUCUGAUCGGCCAUCGCCUACGUGCAGCUUUAUUUUGUUCUUUUCUGGUCUGUUCGUUUCAUGAUUGUAGGAAAAAUUGCAGUUUUUAUCCAUGGUGGCACGGCAGCUGCGUUUGGCGGUCAGG